AUGGGUUUUGAUAGACUUAAAGGUUAUAAAGGUAAGUAUUAUAAUCGAUGUUAAUUUGAAACGCCAGUAUUUUGGAGAUCGAAAUUUUUCGAAAAAACGGAGACAUGAAGCGGAAGAACAAGAGCAAGAUACUCAUACGUUAAAUGUUAGUGCUGAUUUGGAAGAGCGUUUUGAAGAUUUUGGCCAAAUGCAUUUAGCUGACGAAUUGAUCCAGGAACAUGAUGAAUGUCAAGAAGACGAAGAAUAUGCGUCGGAAGUAAUUGAAGAUGAUGUAUGUUGCAUUAACUUUAACAGUGGAGAAGAAACAGAUUCAGAAGAAGAAAAUGUGGAGAAUGGAGGUAACAUUUUUACAAUUCUUCGAACUAUGAAAAUAAAACAUGUUUUAGAUAUCUCUUCGACUGGUUUGACUGUGGAAAAAUUAACCGACAAACAAUUGGUCGCGCUUUUGGGUGCCCUGCAGGGUCGCGAAUCGUCAAGAGGGUUUUCCACGCGCACGCUGUUGAUGGAUGACGACGAAGAAGAGGAUGAUCUCCUUCAAUUUUGGGAAGAAAAGAAAAAAGAAUACACGAAUAUUCGAGUAUGUAAUGGUUGUGGAGGCACAUUGCGUUCUUCACAAAAAUGGUAUGGUAAUUUAAAAAAAAAUGAUUUUGACUCCGGCUGAUUUAGUGAAAAGAGUGAAUGCAAGUCCGGAAAGUGUCCUGUUUUAACAUUGACAAUGUUAAAUUUACACGAUCAAUUGCAUGCGGUAGUUUCUGCGAAUUUCUCGUCAAUAAUGGAAAUAAGAAGGAAGCUGAAAAGUGGUGAACCUGUUUGCCACAAUUUGCAAAGUCGAUAUUUCAGUCAAUUAUGGAAGAACGAAAAAGGAAGUAUUGAUUUGUCUCUUCAGCUCAGUGUGGAUGGUUGUUGUCCCCACGGGAACACAAAGUGGGUUGAGAUUCUCUAAUAACACAUUUUUUGAAUAAUAAUUCAGAAAAAAAGUGUGGCCAAUAUGUUUCUCAAUCAUCGACAUUGGUACAGCAAUCAGGCAGAAAGCUGUGAAUAUUAUUCUUUUCGGUGUGAUGUCUGGCAAAGAAAAUCCAUCUACUCAUGCGUUCAAUACAAUUGUCAAGUUUAUCAGUUCUCAAUUAGAGUCAAUGGAUGAUGGAAUUGUUGUGAAUGGUGAAACUUUCACGUUUCACAUCGUUUGUUGUGGUGCAGAUCAACCUGUCAGUUUAAUUGAAAAUUGCGGAGUUCGGGUGUCCUGUUCAGGUGUUCCUGCUCAUUCUGGAAUUUUUAGGCAAAACGAGCACUGUUUGGGUUUGACGGACACAAUUCGGAAUUUUCUUGCUUUUUUUGCCUCGACGAUGGGGCAUUUUACAAGAAGAAUGGAUAUGGUUAGUGAUCGGAGCUGAAUUAGAUUAGUCAUUAGAUUUUUUAGAAAGAUAUGUUAUGCGGAAAGAUGAGUUUUUGGAAGAUUCUCGAAAAGGGCGUUUCGGGAAUUCCGGUACUGUUUUCGCCGAGAUCCUCGAACUUCUUGCACCUUGGGACUGUGUCAUAGAUGUUUUGCACAACCUGUCUGAAGGAAUAAUAACCAUAGUAAUAAUAGGUAGUAGCUGUUUAGAAUUUUAUCAUUCUUUUUUUGAAAAUUUAGAAAUGUUUCCGUCGAAACAAACAACUAAAAGCAUACCGAAGUCGCGACUUUUUGUGAUCGAUGAACAAGAUUUGACACGGAUUCUCAAGGAAGUCAAGGCGCAUUCUCUGUACAAGUUGUCAUUCGACCCACGAAAUGGAACAGAACGAUUAGAUGCAAGUUAACAGGAUUCAAAUUCAAUAUUCCAAUUAUUUUCCAGUUCUUCCGCGUCUUCUUGUUCCAAUCCAUCAUUAAAUAUGAAUGUGCUGCGGAAACAAAAUUAGCUGUAAUCGGAAUUGCUCUUUUAGUCACGAAGAUUUGUACGGAUUGUGAAACGGGGAGAUUCUUUUAUGCAGAUGUUUGUGACGCAGUCGCAAAAAUUCUCGAACAUUCAAGUAUCAAAUAUUUUUGCAUGAAGCCCCACGUUAGUUGUUUUUUCAUCAACGGUUUGCAUUGACUUUUUUUUUAGGAAGUGUUCUACCACUUGCCAUACAUUUCUGCAAAGAUGGGGAAUAUUGGACCACUUUCAACUGAACAAUUCGAAUCAUUUUACAAUUUUUUUCUCUCAGAGUUUUCUAGUCAAUUGACUAAAAACUUUGUAGAAACUGCUUGCACGAGGUGAAUCAAAACUAAAUUUUCCUCAUGAAUGCAAGUUUCAGACUUCUUCUGCACGAUUCCUGCCGUAGGGAAAUGGAGACAAGAUUAGCGGGUGCACCUAGUUUCAUUCUGACAAAAUUUGCCCAGCGAAAUCCAUCUUAUUCAAUGAAAAAAGCGAAGAAUUAUGAUAGAAUUAUCACAAAUAUUUCUGCUGAUGAUGAGGAAAAAACUGGAUCUAUGUCAUGCUAUUCUAAUGUGGAGUUGCCUUGUGGAAAGUUGGAGUCAACGAAAUAUGGUUCCAAAAGCAAUGACAUAAUUUUUUAUGGAGACGGAAAGUGUGGAAGAUUUUUGCUAUACACAGUGGAAAAGAAUUUACUAGUCGAACCAAUUGUUGAGGAAGACCCGGAUAAUAUGUUCCCAACAGUAUUUGAUGCCGUGAAUAAGUUGCCAGCCAGUCUCAUCCAAUCCGGGAAAAAUAUUUUAAGACAAUUAAAACUUUGUAAAGGGGUUCAGUACGGGAAAUUUGGUAAAGAAAAAAUAUGGGUGGAAGAGUUUGAGGUUUUAGGAGUAGGAAGCUGGAUAAGCUUGGGAGAGAAUAACUGCUUUUUGCAAUGUAAUGGUUCUCCUAAUCACAAGUAAACCGAUUUUUGUGUGUACUUUUUUGUUUCUUUUUGUAUGUUUUGUGUUUGUGUGUAUCCGUGAAUUUUUUUUCUGUUUGGAGCUUGUUUGUCUGCUCGUAAAGCAUAAAUAAUAACUUGUCUGUUUCAAACGUGUUUGUUUCAAUAAAUGUUCGCUCAUAUUUUCUAUUUCUAUUCAAUUCACUUCUCUUCUUCUUUUCGUCUUCAAUUUUUGUAAUCUUUGCUCAUUUUAUACAGUUUCUUUUUUGCAGUAAAUCAGAAAAUGGCUAGAAAGAAAAAGGAAAGACAGUUAACACAAGAAGAAUACGACGCAAUUCACAAUCCAACUCCGGAGCAGAUUCGAAUGAUGGAUUUUAUACGGGUAUCCUUAAGUUUUUCAAUUGCUCAGAGUAUAAUGUUUUUGAUUUAGGAGGAAUAUCGACAACAAGACUAUUAUCAGCAGCAUUUUCGAAGUCCUCCUCGUCCCAAGCCGAUUUAUAAUGUGGGUUCUUGUUUGAAAAAUGGAACGCUCUUUAAUAUUUCAAUAAAUAAUAUGAGCAGUCUAAAAUAGGUUGAAUUUUAAAAGUCUCCGGUUUUGGACAAUAAUUAUAAAAAAAGAAAAAAUCAUCGCAAAAAAUUAAAAAUAAUACUUUUAUCCGAGGUACAUAAAUUUAUAUUUUUUUUUAUAAAUCCAAAAGUUGAUUUUCAAAAUUAAAGCUAAUGAUUUGGACCGAUAUUCGUUUUUUUUCGUCAAACCCGGCAACUUUUCAAAUUUAACCUAUCUUAUAUUUCGAAUAAUUAGAACGAAACGUAUUUUUUAAAAACCUAUUUAUUCUAAAUUCAAACUUUCUCGGUGAAAAAGUAGCAAGUUUUGCUACAAAAAUUUCCUUUUAGCCAGCUUGCGACCAUUUUUGGCAAACUUGCUACAUUUUUUGGCAAGCUUGCUACAUUUUUUCCAUUAUGAAAAUUGUGAAAGGACAUUUUCUUGCUAUUUAUUUCCCGCGUCUGUUGAUUCAAUGAAAAUAUUGCUCGCUCAUUUUACAAAAUCCGUGCCCACUUGGCCGUGGUGUCAAACAAGAAAUCAACAAGUUCACCUCCCCUCAAAUUUCAAUAUGAUUCCAGACACCCAAAUUUCGUCGCGCUGCAACAACUAAUGAUGAAGGAUCUUCAGCGGCUGCUGUUUUGGAUGAAGUAUCCACUCCACGGCCACAACCACCACAUCGAGAAAUAUUGGGAAUAGUGAAGAAUGAGAAUAAUUCGAAGGCUCCAGAAUUAGUAAGAUUUUUAUCAAAACGUUUAAAGCAGAAAAUAGUAAAAAAGUUUGAAUCCUUCUGUAAACCAGAAAAAUCCUCUAUUUUUUUCAGAAUGUGGCGCCAGAUUUGUCGGAUGGUGAAGCUCAGCAACUUAGUGGCGAUGAAUAUGUUUAUACACAUAUCGCACUCCAGGUACGUGAAAUUAUGUGAUAUUUUGAAAAAAAACAUUUUAAUAUGCAGAAGAAAAAGAGAAGGUAUUCAUCAUUGCGGAAUGAAAAACCAGGAGCAGAAGGUCCAUCAUCUUCCAAAAAACCUAGCAUCAGCAAUGAUCCACAAGUCAAUGAAACUCAUGAAAUCGCCGAAGAAUCGGUUUCCAACAUGGAAUCCAAAGCGAAAAAAUUUGAGAAAUCGAAAUUCCAACGGCAAGGCGGUCAAACAAUGCAGGUUGAAGGAAAAGAGAAUCAAUCAACAAAUAUCCAUGUCAAUCAAUCCAAUGAAACUCAUGAAAUCGCCGAAGAAUCGGUUUCCAACAUGGAAUCCAAAGCGAAAAAAUUUGAGAAAUCGAAAUUCCAACGGCAAGGCGGUCAAACAAUGCAGGUUGAAGGAAAAGAGAAUCAAUCAACAAAUAUCCAUGUCAAUCAAUCGGAAAAUAAAUCGAAGCCCAAUCAAAUAGGAAAACGUGAUAUUGCAACGGUUGCUGAAAAUGAAGUAAAUGUUGGUGAAAAGAAUCCGGAGGAAGGAGAGCAAGAAGAACAAGAAGAACAAGAAGAACAAGAAGAAGAAGAAGAGGUGGAGGAGGAAGAGGAGGAGGAAGAAGAAGGCGAUAAUGCACCAUUAUAUGUCCGCAGCAAGGAUAAAAUUAUCCCAACUCAAAUGGCGCAGAAAUGCUUCCUCACCAAAAAAAACAUGGGGCUGGAUGAUUUAACGAUUAAAGUGAGUUUUUCGUUUCCAGUUUCAUUUUUAAAUUGAUUUUUAUGAUUUCUAAAUAAUGUUUCCAUUUUCAUUUGCGUGAAAGCAUUAUUUGAAAAUCUCGAAAUUUGAAAUUUCAAUCUGAUUGAACAGACGCUAGAAUUCAAAGAAAAAAAAAUGCAUUUUUGCGAGCCCCUGAAAUCUUAUCAUGAAUAUAAUUGAACUAUAUUUAUCCAUGGUCAAAUCUUUAAUUGCAGAGAAAUGUAUCAAACUACUGGAGGGAUCAGCUUGCUGAAAUCGAUAUUCAAGAUGCGAUCCGGAUUCAUGAAAAAUCUAAAGAUGAGGACAAACCAUUAGUUCAAGUUGUACUUGUAAUGUUGCAUCAAGUAGGUUGACCCACUUCAACACAAUUUUCACAAUACGUCAUUAUGUGUAAUUUUCAGAUUAACCGACUGACUACUGGAUAUGCCACUUUGAAAGAAGCGCUAAAAGAUGCAACAUACGCAAAACGGAAAGUCAUUCUACGUCUACAUCGUGCUCGACCAGAAGUUUGUCAAAUUUCAUUGCCGAAUGGAUACGUUUACAAUAUAAUCGAAUUUGUGAGCCGAGAUCUCAUUGAAAGAUGUAGUGGGAAAUUUUUAUUUUCCGCUGUAUCCGAAAUAUGUCGAGAGUUUUUUGGAGAAGUAAGUUUAUUUUUUAUUUGUGUUUUUUUAAAUUCAAAUUAUUUUUAUAGCUACUCGAAUAUAAGGAUCAUUAUGUUAUUGCAAUGACUUUGAAGAUCAAAAAAACUCGAAAAAGCAAAUUCGUAGCUAUUCCCAGUGAGCCAAUCGAUAAUUUGACAGGUAAGAAUUGUAUCCAAUCAAAAUAAAUUUCAAAACAUACUUAAAAAUUGUGAUGAGCAUCGAAAUUAUUGUAUUCAUUUUUUAAUCGAAAGAGAAAACCUCUAUUACUCUAGUUUUAUUUCAUUUGGAGUAGUUUUUCAUUGAUGUUUGUAGAACAGGCCUGAUCGGAAUCGGGAUUCCGAAAUUCCGAAACCGACAGGUUUUUCGGAAUGAGACAAACGUGUCUCGGAAUCGGAAUCUAUUUUCUCGAAAUCGGAAUCAUUCCGAUGUUACUUCCGAAACUUUUUGGAAUUUCGGAAUGUGUUUCUCCUCCUUAAUUUCGGAAUUUUUCUACCGAAUUUCGGAAUUUUUCGGAAUGUUUGAGCUGAAAUUAGUCAAAAAAUUCAACAAAAAAUGGAAAAGUUGAUGAAUUUUACCUGUCAUUUUCAAAAAAUCUCUUUUUCUCUUGUGAUUCUCGAAAAAUGUAACUUUUGAAGACAAUUUUUUUAAAGUUUUAUAUCAUUCCGAAAAAUUCCGAAAUUCCGAGGUAAAAAUGCCGGAAUAGAGGUUCGGAAUUCGGAUCUGACUACUCGGAACGAGUGUGCUCAUUCCGAACCUUCCGACAAGGUCCAUUCCGAUCAGGCCUGUUGUAGAAGAUAACACAAAAAUCAGUGGAUCUAGAUUUCCGCCUAGGAAAUAUUCAUAAAGUUAAAGAAAAGUUGCUUCAAACAGAAUUAUUGAUUUUACAGGAUUCAUGGUGGAUGUUUUGUGUAAAAACGUUGAUAGAUAUGAUGACGAUCUCUUCCAAGCAAUACGAAUCAAAAUUCGCCAGUCUGUUGCAUAUUAUUUGUAAGUUUUUUUUAAAUUCAUUAUUUAAAACAAUUAAUUUCACUGCAUUCCAGGAAUAAUACUCGAGCCGAUUUACGAAAGAAGAAAGGCGGAGCCGGAAAGAUCAACGAUGCGCUCAACCAUCUCACCGCCUUGCUUUAA